AUAAGAUUUUAUCAUAUUUAAAAGAGCAUAUGUGCUACGAAUAUGUAAUAUGUGUUUUAGAAAAGGCAUUCAAAAUGUCAUUUUAGUAAGGCGAUAUUAAAAAGAUCAUUUCUUGACACUGCUCAUUGUUUUGAUUUUUCUUGGGCGCUUGUUGUGAAUCGCCUCUACCUGGGUGUGCGCUACCAAACUAAUAUCUUUAUUGAUUAUUUGUUCAUUUUAAUGAUUUUAUACAGGCGUUAUCAUAGAUAUCCUGAGGCUGUGAAUCAUUUUUAAACGCACUAAGACUAUAGCUGCAUGUAAAUUACAUUACAAUAAGUCCACAUUAGUGUUUAGUGAAUCAUGGACCACAAUGGACUUCUGUCCAGUAACGCUUGUCAGACACAUCUGAAAUGGGGUAAUGGAUUCACAGAGACGUCACCUAUUUGUUUACCCAAUAAACGUAAACGAAACGAUGUCAAUACAGUAAACGGACACGAAGAAAAUGGUCCUAAGGGGUUUCCCUCCAAAGAGAACUUGAGGAAACGUGGUUUUGUCUUGAUUGAUGGCCAGAAAGGUGUGUUCUACUCUGAGAGCUGGGAGCCCAAUGGCAGCACUUUAUACCUGCCUGUAAAUGGCACUUUGUUAGCCAACAUCGAAAAAUAUGAUCAGAUCAGCUUUGAGCAGGGCUGCUUCUGCAUUGGCAAUGCAGCAGGUGGAUUUCAACAGAAAGUCCAAGGUCAAGUGAUCCAUUGCUGGCGAUAUAGUGAACGUGAACGAAAGCUCUUCAUUGCACUUUCUUACUUGUUCACAAACUUACAAGUGUUCCAAGAAGUUGUCAGCACUCUUGAUUGUCUCUGAGGAUUCUGAGUACACACAGUGCCAUCUAAACUAAAAAGCACAGUGUAGCCUAGACAUUUCUGUUUCUUGUCUUUUUUAAACAGCAUUUUACAUAUUGUGUUAUCACUUAAAACAUAUGUGCCUUUUUGACAUAUCAGUUUAUUUCUGUUCUGUGCUGUUACAGCGAAUCUCAAGUGGCUUUCAGAGUGAGUCAACCAUGAAAGAUAUCAGCCGUAUUUGAUAUCUAAAAAAGUGUAUUUAGUUAAUGCCAUUAUGUUUCAUUAAUGUGCAUACUGAUUUUUUUGCAUCACUAUUGUAAGCAAUCCUGCAGCUUCGCUUUUUGCUGUGAACCAAAACGUGACAUUAAAAUACUGUAUUUUAGAUGCCUGUCAAGCUUGUUGCUGAUUUUGUGCACUAUAUUUGUACUCUAAAAUUGUUUGUACUGCUGCAUUGCUGCUGUAUACGUUUAAACUUUGCUUUUGAUGAUUUUUUAAAUAUUUUUUUACAAUAAAAAUGAAGACU